AUGCAAAUAAACAUCGUGAUUAUAUUCAUUUUAUUUAUUGGAACGUCGACGAGCGAAGAUGAAGCGACAGUUGAAACAGAAGAAUUUUACGAUUCCGUCCAAGAUGAGAAAAGUUCAAGGAGCGGAAGGCUCUUUCGGUCGGAAUUUAAUCAUCCAACGACAAACAUGAUUGUGGAAGUGGCUGCAUCAUUUUAUGGACCACAUACUGAAGACUUUUUCCGUUUCCUACGGGAUUCCUAUUCUUUACCCGGAGGUUUGACAGAACCGUACUCCGAGUAUGACUUCAUUAUAAUCGGUGCUGGUUCAGCUGGCUGCGCUCUUGCAAACCGACUAUCAAAGAACAGAAACACAACUGUUCUACUACUGGAGGUUGGAAGAACGGAACAGCUCGUCACAGAUAUACCAGCUAUAGCCCCAUACUUCCAGUCUACUGAUUAUUCUUGGGAUUACUACAUGGAACCGCAGACGGGCGUUUGUAUGGGUAUGAAUAAUGAGAGAUGUUACUGGCCCCGUGGUAAAGCAGUUGGUGGCACAUCGGUUAUCAAUUAUAUGAUUUAUACCCGUGGUCGGCCGCAAGAUUGGGAUAGAAUCGCAGCUGAUGGAAACUAUGGCUGGUCUUACAACGAUGUAUUAAAGUACUAUAUCGAACUGGAAAAAUCUUAUUUAAAUGGUCUAGAAAAACUUCCCCACAGAGGACGAGACGGGGACCUACCUGUUGAAUUUGUUCCCUAUAAAACAAAAUUACGCGAAGCCUUCUUAGAUGCAGGAGUCGUACUAGGACAUCCAACAGUAGAUUAUAAUGCGCCUGAUAAAUUCGGAUUCGGACUUGUACAAGCCACAAUAAGUAGAGGACAUCGACAGAGUGCAGCUAAAGUAUUUCUUCACACCCAUAAGAAUAGACGGAACUUACACAUUUUACCUGAAACCAGAGCUACUAAAAUUCUAAUUAACACAGAAACCAAUACUGCUUACGGUAUUGAAUAUGUACGUAACAAACAACUACACACUGUUCGUGCACGAAAAGAAGUAAUAUUAUCUGCUGGACCAAUAGCAUCACCUCAACUUCUUAUGCUAUCCGGUAUAGGGCCCAAAGAUCACCUUACUUCUCUGGGAAUCCCAGUUGUAGAAGAUCUGCCCGUGGGUAAAGUACUUUAUGACCACAUUUGCUUUCCUGCACUAAUAUUUACAUUAAACCAAACCAAUCUCUCUUUAAUAGAAAACAAGGCUUCAGAUAUUCCCCAUAUAUUAGAUUGGCUAAAGAAUGGAGACAAUGUGCUUUCAUCGCCUGGAGGAGUAGAAGCAAUUGGUUAUAUUAAGACACCUCUAUCUGAUGACCCAGACCCAACGGUACCCGAUGUAGAAUUAAUUAGCAUAGGGGGAUCAUUUUUAUCUGACGGUGGAAAGGGGGGAAGCCGAGCUAUACGGCGCGGAAUGAGGCUAUCAGAAAGUCUUAUAAAUAACGCAUUCGGCCCAAUCGAUGGCACUGACACUUGGAGCGCAAUACCAAUGUUACUUCACCCAAAAUCUGUAGGUCGUAUAGAACUAAAAGAUUCUAAUCCUUAUAGUAAUCCAAAAAUGUAUGGAAACUAUUUAACAGAUAAAAAAGACGUAGCAACUUUUGUCGCAUCGAUACGGCACAUACAAAAGCUUGUACAAACACCACCAUUUCAAAGAUAUGGUGCAAAGUUGUAUCCCGGACACUUCAGGACAUGUCGCCAAUUCACGUUUGAUACUGAUGAGUAUUGGGAAUGUGCGGUGCGUACUGUCACUGCUACGUUGCAUCAUCAAAUAUCAACAUGUCGCAUGGGUCCCGACAGUGACCCGAUGGCUGUUCUUGACCCGGAGUUGAGAGUACGUGGAAUAAAAAAAUUACGCGUAGUAGAUACAAGCGUUAUACCAAGGACUACUUCUGCUCACACAAAUGGCCCAGGAAUGAUGAUUGGUUUAAAGGCUGCCGAUAUGAUAAGAAAAAGUUGGAAUAUUUAA